AUGGGUAAAGGAGCACCUACCCAACGAGCGCGUGUGAUCGACUGUCGUCAAGAUGCUGUCAGAGCUGUGAGAUACAACGUUGAUGGUAAUUAUUGCUUGACAUGUGGUAGUGACAAAUCGGUCAAACUUUGGAAUCCGAUCAAAGGCUCAUUGUUGAAGACUUAUGUUGGUACAGGAAAUGAGGUAUUUGACGUGGCGUCGUCGUCGGACAACUCCCAAGUGGCAGCUGGUGGAGCCGACAAAUGUCUGACCGUUUUUGAUGUAGAGACCGGCAAGAUUUUGCGGAGGUGGAGAGCACAUGCUGCACGAGUGAACGCCGUCGCUUUCAACGAAGAGUCAAAUGUGGUGUUCUCCGGCUCGACGGACUGUACUAUGCAGGCGUUUGAUAAUCGAAGCCGCAGCGAUAAAGCGAUUACAGGUGAGCAUCCAAGCAAGAUUUUCAACGAGGCGACGGACAGUGUGCUCAGUAUAGACAUAAAUGGCGGAGAAAUAGUUGCCGGCUCAGCUGAUGGCAAUUACCGAUUGUACAGUAUCAGGGAGGGGAAUGUCCAUAUUGAUUUUAUGGGUGAAAGUGUGAAUAGUGUUCAUUUCACACCGGAUUCGAAUUGUGUACUGGCAUCAGUUCAGGAUGGCAAUGUACGGCUUAUGGAUAAGGCGAAUGGCAAAAUGUUAGCCAGCUAUACUGGUCAUAAAAAUUCCGAGUACAAAGUGGAUAGCUGUGUAAUGGCUUCGAUAGAAGAGGUAGUGUCGGGUUCUGAAGACGGGUUUGUAUACGUCUGG